AUGAGAUUAGGACCUAUGAUAGGUGGGGGACAUUCCUUGCAAAAGCAAAAGAACGGGAAAACCCACUAUAUUAUUGUGUGGUUUGAAGUACUGGGGUAUUAUGUAUAUCUAAGCAAGACAACUGUUGAUGUUCAUGCUUGUGAUCCUUCUUGGACAAACUUUGUGCCAAGUCUCACAAAUUCAUCUUCUAGGACCACUCUUGGCUUCAAAAAGGAUAUUCAAGUUUGCUACCUAACUGAAGCAAAUGUUACCUUCCUUGAAAGUUCUUCUGAGCAUUCCCUUUGUAUGAGACCACUUGAAGCACCUGAUGUCUCUCUUUCUCCAAUUUCCUUACCUUGCAUGAUCCCAUCUACAGUAACCAAUCGUUCUGUUUCCUAUUUAUUACUUGUAAGGCUUUAUGCCAUUGUGGGUCGCAAAACAAUGGUGGAUUGGACAAGGCUUUUUGCGGCCAUGGGAGCAACCUCCAUCACAGGAUUAUCAGAAACACUUUUGAUCUCUGGUCAGUUAGUCCUCUCAGGAGACAUUAUGUAG